UUUUUGAUUUUUGUUUUUUUUUGUUUCCGUCUUUUGACUAACUCGCCUACAAAAAUUCCCUUGUGGCGAUUCAGAAGAUUCCAUGGUUUUGGCCUUCCUCAAUCCUUCCGAUUUUCAUUAGGGUUUUCGUUUCUCCUUGGCGGCUAGGGUUUUGAUUCUUCAUUCACUUUGUUGUUUUUCUUUUCAACAUCUCAUUAUAAAUAUAUAACUAUAACUCUUUCACUUUCGCCAUUGUUAUGAUUCCUUCUUCCAUUGAUCUUCAUUCCGCUGUUUUUUUUUAUUGAUAUUUCAAACACCCUUUUGUUUAUUUAUCCAACUCAACGUUAAUUUGCCUACUUUUCUUGUUUUCUUGUUUUCUUGUUUUUUCUUCUUCUUGCCAAUUGUUGGUAUAAGGGAGGAUGAUCACGUCGAUUGAUUGAAAUUUUCUUUGGGUUGAUUCGUUGUUUGUUGUUGAUUCAUUGUUCUGAUUGAUUAAAGAGAACUGGGUUUUGUUUUAGAAGAUGAGUUUCAAUGAUAUGAGAGCCUCUGUUAUACCGCCGCCUCUGCAUUCCUAUGGUUCUAAUGGCGAUGCGUCUGGUUGCUGGUCUCAGUUUCCUAGGAAUGAUCCAUUUGAUCCACAAUCACAAUUUGAAGUACAACAGCCUCCGUAUAAAAGAGCUAGAAAUUCUGAAGAAAACCCAUCUAGUCCUAUCUCUUAUUCAAAUCCCUCCUUAAAUUCUAGGGGGCAACCACCAAAUGCUCCAGUGAAUAAAGGAAUAAGUAAUAUCUUUUUCAAGACGAGGAUGUGUGCGAAAUUUAAGCUUGGUUUGUGUAGGAAUGGUGCUAGUUGUAACUUUGCUCAUGGUGUUGAAGAUAUGAGACAACCUCCACCAAAUUGGCAAGAAAUUGUUGGUAUAAAGGAGGAUGAUCAAUCAGUAAAUAAUUGGAAUGAUGAUCAGAAGAUAAUUCAGAAAAUGAAGCUGUGUAGGAAGUUUUAUAAUGGAGAGGAGUGCCCCUAUGGAGAUAGGUGUAAUUUUCUUCAUGAAGAUCCUGCAAAGUUUAGAGAUGAUUCAGGUAGGUUUAGGGAGAGUUCAGCUAUAAGUAUUGGAACUACAGGAACUCCAUUGAUGAAUGGAAAUGAUUCUUCUAGUUAUAUUGAACCUAGCAGGGUAACUUCUUGUUCUGUUUCUGAUGCUCUUCGAGCUAAUGGGAAUGUUAGGCCUUCAUUCUGGAAGACAAAGUUAUGCACCAAGUGGGAGAUUACAGGCCAUUGCCCCUUCGGUGACAAGUGCCAUUUUGCUCAUGGCCAAUCUGAGUUACAACUAUAUAUUGGACGUGAGGGGGAAGUAUCUACUGCUGCCCUCAACGUAAAGCCUCUAAUUGUAGCCAUGGAGGCAUCUUCGAGUUUGACAACCAAUGUAGUUCCAUCCUCUGCCUUACCGGAGGGCCAGGAGAAGCCAAGUUUGCUGAAAUGGAAAGGACCCAAGAAGAUAAAUCGGAUCUAUGCUGAUUGGCUCGAUGAUUUGCCUCUAUCUCCAAGCUCAACAAGCAAAAUGGAGGGUUGAGCCUUUUUUUCUUUUUCAGUUGAAGUUAAGUUUUUGAGUUGGUUUGCUGAGGGAUUCAAUUGAUUAGUUACAAUAUGGGAGUUGGGUUGGUGGUGGUCUUUCUGAAUUAGGGUGUAAAAUUUUUUUGGUGAGAAUUGAUUGGGAAUAUGGAUAGAAGAAGAGAGAGUGUGAGAUAUACCCUUAUUGUUUGUUCUGUAUUGUUCAUUUAUUUUGUUAUUUCAUAUUUGUUCAUAUCCCAUAGAAAAACUAGUUUGGAUUUUUAAUGAAAUUCAAUAUAUUUGAGCAUUUCUUUCUUACAAA